UCUCACUAGCCACGCCUCACUGCACAGUAGCUAUAAUUACGCAGCAUUGAUAGUGAAAUCAAGGCGAGCCGAUGGUGGCAUCGGCGCCCCACGUCGCGCUCGCGGCGGCCGUCCUUGUUCUCUUCCUCCCUCCCCUCCUGGCGUCCGUCGUCGCCGCGCAGCAGGGCAAGGCCAAGGCCUUCUGCAUCAGCCAGUUCACCAUCGCCAGCCAGGCCUGCUCCAUCCUGCCUCCCAGCCCUCCCGAGGACGAGCCCCACCACCACGACGAUGAUGACGACGACGACGACGACGAGCACGAGCACGGCGACGGAGACCGCCGCGUCCAUCACGGCCACCACGGCGGCCACGCCGCGGUGCACAGCAUCGCGUCGCUCGCCCGUCUGAUGGCGACGGACAACAAUGACAGCAUCGUCGGUGACGUCGCUGUCCACGGCAGGAACAACGGCACUGGCCACGGCGCCAGGAACGGCACGGGUACCGGGCACCACGGCGGCAGGAACCACACGCGCCGUGGACGCGGGCGCGGGCGCGGGCGUCUGCGUGGGAGCGGGCGGCGUGGCCGUCUGCGCGAUGAGGACCCUGACCACGACGACGACCACGAUGAGGACCCUGACCACGACGACGACCACGAUGAGGACCCCGACCACGACGACGAUCACGAUGACGAUGACGAGCAUGAUGAUGAUGACGAUGAUGAUGACGAUGACGACGACGACCACCACCACCACGAGCACCACCAUGACGAGGAGCUCCGGGCGUACCGCGACUGCUGCCGGUGGCUGCAGGAGGUGCAGAAGGACUGCGUCUGUGACGCGCUGCUGCGGCUGCCGCCGUUCCUCGUCAAGCCGCAGCACAAGUACGUCGUCCGGGUCGGCCGGACGUGCCGGAUCGUCUACCGCUGCGGCGGCGUCUAGCCACUGCCCACUGGCCGCAGGCCGGUUUUGGAGUUUGGUUAACUGCACUUUGGGUCCCUGUUCUCUGCUUCAAGAUUUGCAUGUUUUGUUCUUCAGUCCACGUAGAUGAUUAGGUAGGUAAGUGUGGAUCGGGUGUAAUUUUUCCAGUAUGUGUCCUGGAAGUUUUCCGAUGUUUUUUCCGUUUGGAUAGAUUAAUUGAUGAAUAAUACCACAAUGUUGUCUUCAGAAUGCA